GUGUGUGUAUAUGUAUACAUGUGUGUCAGAACCCUGCUACUAGAGCCUGGAUGUGGCUCUGAGUUUCAGGGUCACUGACAUUGAUAAGACACCUGCGUCCCAGGACUCGGAGGAGAAACGGCUGAUGGACUUGGCGGGGAAUUUGCGCGGGGUUUUACUGAGCGGGAAGAGACUGUUCAAAUGAGGGGGAGGGUAUAUAAAGGAGGGUUGGCCGGAGCCUCCCAUUCUUGGCUUUUCUGAUGUUCAUGUUUCCUACAGUAAAAGUUUCUGGUGAUAUCACAGAGAGUCUUGUGUGUUCAUUCAGGAGCGGCUGUGGUGAGCUGACACUAAGCCAAGAAUACGGACACCAUCCCGCUGUAGCGGUGAGGUGUAACAUGCAAGUGGAGGAUGAAGAGCUCUUGGGCGCCGGAGGAGGAAGGUCGGAAAGGGCCACUCCCGAGACGGACGCUGAGUUCCACCAGCUGGCGGCCCUGGCGUCAUCCACCGCUUAUGCCCAGCCAAAUGGGGUAACCCAGAGGCGCGGAGUGGUGCGGGGAGAUAGCACCGGAGGAGAGGAAGGUUCACCUUCCCCAGGCCCGCAAAAGAUGGUGUUUCUGGAGGAGAGGAUGUCGGCGAUGGAGACCACCCUGGCAGUGAUGUCGAGGGCGAUGGAGCGCCUGGCGGUUUUGGCGGAGCCGGAGCGAGGAAGGGAACUCCGGGCUAGCUCAAUGUGGGACGUGAGCAUGGGAAGCCGCCAGGGCUUUGCAGACCUCCCAGCACCGAAGGGAAGGGAAAUGCGAAAGGAGCCCGGUGCCCGGCCCAAGAUCCAAACGAGCCUGACGCGGGUGGAGGAGAGUGACGACGAAGGGGAAAAGCCUCCGAGAAUCCCGGCUACGCUCCCAACUGAGACCCUGGUGCCCCUGGCGAAUGCCGGGCGUGGCACAGGACAAAGGGAAGCAGCAGCGGGGCCCACUGGCCCGCAAGGGGGCUUGCGACGGGCGGAGGAUUGGGGAUUGCCACCACAGGGACCCCUACCGAGACGAGAGGAACUAAGGAUCGAGUUUGGGGGAGAGUCCUCUGAACUGGAUUUUUUCCUGACCACGGUGAGGGGCUAUAUGGAGGACAAUGCCCACACUUUCAGAACGGAAUCCAGCCGGGUACGGGCCAUUGGUGCAGUGUUGAAGAGGGGAGCGGCCAGCUGGUACGUUCAACUACACGCGCGGCGCGACCCAUGUCUGGGGUCACUCCGACGCUUUAUGGGGGCCCUGGAGACCCGUUUCCGAGAUCCACUGGAGCAAAUCCGGGCGAGGGAGGAGUUGAAGACCGUCUCCCAGGGGCAGAGGUCGGUAUCUGAGUAUGCGGAGGAGUUCCAAUGCCUCGCUGAAAAGGUGCCGGAAUGGUCUGCAGUGACAAAGAUAGAACUCUUCAAAGAGGGGCUCAGGCGGGAGAUCCUCUCCUGGGCGGUGCAUCGUGAUGAGCCUGACACACUGCGCGGAUGGAUUCAGCUGGCGGGGCGCGUCGAGACAUCGCUGGCCCAGGCGAGGAGGCACCGAGGAGGGCUACAGCAGCGGCCGCAGAUGAAAGAGGGGAGCCGGAAGGAGGGAUCAACCCCAGCCGGGAGGAGAACGGAGCCGCCAGGGUACGUGAGCACCAGCAGGAGGGGCUGCUUCGUGUGCGGCCGUUUGGGCCACAGGGCUGCCGAGUGCUGGCAGAGAAAAGGGGAAGGCGGAGGCCCGCCCAAACCAAGAGCCGUGGCAGGGAAACGCGCCGAGGAAGAACCACCGAUGAGGCACCACUCGGGGGGGUUGGACGAAGGGGAGGAGGACGCCAUGUCAGAACCCUGCUACUAGAGCCUGGAUGUGGCUCUGAGUUUCAGGGUCACUGACAUUGAUAAGACACCUGCGUCCCAGGACUCGGAGGAGAAACGGCUGAUGGACUUGGCGGGGAAUUUGCGCGGGGUUUUACUGAGCGGGAAGAGACUGUUCAAAUGAGGGGGAGGGUAUAUAAAGGAGGGUUGGCCGGAGCCUCCCAUUCUUGGCUUUUCUGAUGUUCAUGUUUCCUACAGUAAAAGUUUCUGGUGAUAUCACAGAGAGUCUUGUGUGUUCAUUCAGGAGCGGCUGUGGUGAGCUGACACAU